AUGUCGGACAUCCCAGGCACUCCCCCAAAUCUCCCACUGGACAGUCGUUCCAACGCCUUAAAGAUACCAAUUAUUGUAUUGGUAACCUUCAGCUCGAUUUUCGUGCUGUUCCGACUAGUUGUGAGCUUUAGAAAUCGGAACUUCUUCUUGUUGACGGAUCAUCUACUCUGGACUGGACAUGUUCUCGCCAUAGCUGGCGCAGCUUGCUGCUAUGUAAUGGCUGAUUAUGGUGGUGGCAAACACAUAUGGGAUCCGGUCUUCAAAGAUCCAGCGAAUUUGAGGGAAUACCUACGUUUCCUAUGGUUUGGUCAAUUACUGAACUUGUACGGAAUGGCGCUGGUAAAGCUGAGCAUUUGCGCAUACAUUUUCAUGCUCAAUUUCUCCAAAGGCUUUCGCGCACUGAUCUUGGCAUCAGUUGUUGUGCACAUAGGUCUGAACUUCGUCUUUCCGACAGUUAUUCUGUUCGGAGAGUGCACGCCAUACUCGAAGCACUGGGAUGCUCUGGGAACGCAGCCUGGAAGUUGUUGGUCUACAAAGCCAAAGGUCAUCUCAGUGUGGGGCGUCCGCAUAGUCUUCUUGCUCGGCCUCAUCACAACAACAAUUUCCGCACUCAAGCUGUACGAGAUGAAGUCACUCAACAGCUCCCCAGACCCGACAUACAGCUCAGUGAACUUGAGUGUGUACGCGAUUGCAGAAGUCUUCGUGGGCGUUUUUACAGCGUGUCUACCACCACUUCGCAAGACCUUUGAUGGAAUUCUGCGCAAAGUUCUGCCUGAUGGUCUUAUGUCGUCAAACAAUACCAAAUCACGGCAAAGCUAUGCGCUCAAAGCGUUCAGCGACCCAUUAAACAGUGCGAGCAAGCCAUCGAAAUCAGAAUUUACAAGCGAUGGAGAUAGCGAUUACGCGAUAUUGGAAGCAGAGACAAGCAGGAUACACGGAUCACAAGACGACAUAAUCAAAACCACGCAGGUCACUGUAACAGUAGACGAUCAAGCCUCAGAAAGGCAAGAAAGGGACGAAUGGGUAUGA